AUGAGUAGCUACACUGGUUCUGACUAUCGAAACGAUGAAGAGGAUGACUCGACUAGUCUCGUCAGGGAAGAGACUCCACGGCAAAGAAGAAGAAGAUCGGAUGGAGAUGGCGCCGAUGUUAGCCAGCCCACACUCUCUAAUCCCUAUUCUAAUCAAUAUCCCCCCUGGCUUGUACCGAGACACCAACCUCGGGGAAAUUUUUGGGAGCAAAUCGACGCUAGCGAACAACAAGCCGGGAAAUCACUCGUCCCAGGGCGAAGGCCAUGGGCUCCUAAUAUAGGGCAGCCGUACGACUUAGGUUCUAAAAGGCUCGAAGGCCCAGCCGCCACUGCCGCCGACCCUGUCGUCGCCGCGGGGGGCGAUCACGGUGUCAAGGCGGACCCCGAGCCUCCUCGGUCGACGUAUUUCCCGCACACCAGACCGGUGGCGGCGGGAGAGCCCGACAAGGGCCCUCCAGGAGAGCUUUUUGGGAAAAGGGAGAUCCCCGGUGCUGCUACCACGCGAGUCGAUCUUGUUCAUGAUCCAUCUCGGGCAAACAAGGACAUGUCGAUUAGCAUCGCACUGGAUGCCGAAGAGGACUGGGAUGAUGACCUGGAAGAGUUCUGUCGUCUGAGAAGGCUCGGCCUGAUUAAAGAAGCAAAGGAACAGUUUUGGUCGGCACUGGGGCACGUCAAUACCAUGCCCUAUAUCCGGGUCCAGUAUGCAGAGAUGCUCCAGACAUCCGGGGACUUCAAAGGCUUCCAGGAUCUCGACGUCCUCCCGGAGUUUCCCCCAGGCCCGGCAGAGGAAACCCCCGAUGAUCGCAACCGUGGCAAGCUGGUCGCCAAUCAUGCGCUCCUCGACCUUCUCUCACAACGACCUACCGACGACUACCUGACUUCUGCAUGGAGGCUUGUACGCCGUACCCUGAAAGCUCUCGCCACAGAAUCAACGGUCGGCUCUACAGAAAUCCAACUGAUUGUUUUGUGCCUCCGCGUCCUGGACUACCUGAAAACCUGCACCCAUGAGACCGUCGUUGGGCCGGCCAUAGUCUACGCAAGCCGGCUGUUUAACUGGCGAAAGCUCUACCACGACCUUGUCGGCGAAAGUUGCGUCUGGGAUUUCAAGGAUCUCUUCUUUGCGUCAGUCUCAACCUUUGGCUGGCAAGAGACGCUGGUGCAGUUUUUCGAAACGGCUUAUUUCCCCCGCGCACUGGACUCUAUCAUCCAAGACUGGACCCGUCCCUUUUACGACGAAGCGUCUUCAAUGGGCCUCCUCGACUUGUUCACUUCCCUGAUCCUCAAGGACCAUGGCAACAACAUGAAGGCCCGUAACACAUUGUUGCUUCAUCAUGCCAAGACCAUGGCAGAAUCUGCGGAACACAAUGACCCGGAGCUCAUGAAGACCAGGCCGUUCGUUCAGUGGUUGCUGGCCAAGUCCGUGAUCGAAAUGGGCGAUCCCCCGGAACGACCAGAUGGGGUGCGCAUGGAGCACUUCAACGGGCUGAAGCUCAACCAGGGAGGCGGUGUCAAUUUGCCAAUAUACGUCCCAAGCCGGCACACCAGGAAACCUGACUGGGAUAUGUUUUUCUCACGAUCCACACCCGCACAACGACGUGUUGUCGAGGUCGCUGUCAGGGCGGCGGAACAGCUUGGCGAUUACAACCUACAGGCUGAGGCCUUGAAACUACUUAUCCUUCAGUCUCAGGAUCCGAAACAAUGGAUGGCUGCGCUUGCGCAACUCCAACUAGAAACCCAAGGAGACAAGGAGGGCUACCUUACAACAUGUCUGUCCAGAUACCUGAUUGCCACCGACCCAGCGGAGGAAGCAACCCUUCUCAAAGACCUCGAGAAGCCCGGCGGACCAGGAAAUGCACUCUACUUCGAGCAGUGCGAGAACGCAUCCUUGACCUGGGCUUGGAGCAUGGUCCGGGUGCUCCUCACGACGGCACAUGGCGAUGAUAGUUCGAUUGCUACCGGCGCCACGGAGCCGUCGCCAUUCUUAACUCAGGGUUUCAGCCUGGACGGCUCAAAACUACCGCCCUAUGUUGCAGAAUUCGCUCGCGUAGAACUCGGUAUGCUCGUUUCAGAAUCCAUGAGCCCGUUGUCUUUGGCCGAUCUCGACUCAACAAGUGCAGCACUGAAUGGACCGGCCGGGCUGGAUGGUGACCCUGCAACUGCGGAUCACGCACCGCUUCUCUUGGUUCCCGUCCCGCCCUCCGCACCGCCUCCAUGGGACCCCUGGAACUACUACAACGACCAACAACCAAACCCUCUGGCGCAGGGCGUAACGCCGGCCCUGGAAGUGAAGGGCUGGCCGAAGACGUGGUAUGAGGAUGCCAAACAAUACGGGCCGAGUAUACCACAGCGCCUCGUAGAGAGCACGGAAUUGGAGUCGGAUUCGGACGACUGGGACUCGAAUAUCACUGGAAGGAACCGGAGGAUUUCCGUACCGUCGCCGGGCUCGGGGUUGGAGGCCGGUCGUCGGGUAUUCAGCAAGCCUCAAAAGUCUAGAUUUAUACAGACGUUCUGGGAGAGAGACAGGUCAAGGGAGAGGGACUGGUUGAGGUUUAAGGAAGAAGAGCGUAUGGACAAGCGGUUGGGCGACGACAAGAAGCUAAGCGGCAUUAGAUUGGAGCGUUGGCGGGGAGAGAAAGAGACGUACGAGGGAGCACGGGGCCGAGCGGUAGUCGAGGACGGCUCAAAUGACGCCAAACGCGAACGGAAUGGGGUCAAAACGGCACAAAAGACUACCUUCAGUAAAGGCAACGGGGGGCAAAAGACAAGAGGAUGGCGUACACCACCCGCACCACCUCCACGCUCUCUCCACAAUCCACACUUCACAAGUGAAUUCAGAGACCGCCAAGAAGAAGAAAGUAUCUCGACAGAGCUUGAUAGUAGGGAUGGCGGGUAUGUCAGUGGUGAGCCUGAUGGCUCGGGACAGGGCAUGCGCAUCACCAUGAAGGACGGGGUGACAAAGCUCUACUUCCCUAGCAGCCAUCCAGACGGCAGCGGAACGACAAUGGUGUUUAACGGCAAACACCAACGCAGAUCUAACGUCCGCGUUGUAGGAAAGGAUGGUUCUCAUGUCUCCGUUGCAGGAAAGGAUAGUGACUCUGAGACCAUCGCGCCGCAUCGCAUUCGGCGUCCCCGGCCUGACCGAAGGAAAUCAGAGUCCAUUACAAGGACAGUUCCGAUCGCGAUGGGCUCGUCAAGCGAGUCCGGCAUCGGCCGGGGAUGGUACAAAUCCAAAAAGGAGAAGCAGGUCAGAUUCAAUGAGCGACAAAAAUCUCCUUAUGCCGCCGAAGUCAAAACGGAAGAUGAAGCCGACCGUCAAGAAGAAAGAGAGUAUGGCGAAACAGACCCGCUCACACCACCGCCGCCACCACCACCACCGCCAACGUCGUCGGAACCGAAACCGGGCCCAGAGCUUGCGAACGCCGUUGUCAACGAUACACAACCUCCCACCACCAAGGAGGAGAAAAGUCAGACGGCGACUGCAACGGCGAUAACGGCUGUGCAAGCCGGCGCGUCAACGCUACCAGUAGCGGCAGCAGAGUCGAGACCGAAACCCGCGACAAAACUGGCAGCGGAACCAGCAACGGAACCAACAGCAGAGCCUGAAGCGCCGCUCCCGCCAACGAUAACAUGGACUGAGCCAGCAACGGCGCCAGCGGAACCAACAGCUACUGCAACCACGCAACAGACAGAGCCCGAGGACCCAUGGGCCGAUUUCUGGACAGCCAACGCCGCCUCCAAGAAGAAGAAAAGCCGGGGGACUCGGUCAAAGGCGAAGCUAAAACCAAAGCUCGCCACUGCCGACGAUGACGAUGACAUGUUGUGGGCCCCGUUCUACAAAGACAGCGGGUCCAACAAACAGCCGGCGCAAGAUCCCAACAACGAGACCGCAGCGGAACUCCCGGCCCCGGAAACAGAACCGCAACCGAUCCCCGCCUCAGACCCGGGCGCAUCCACAACGGCCGCACAACAACAACAGCCGGCCACCGUAACAGGUUGGGACACGGCGGCGAACGCCAGCGGGUGGGGCUCGACCUGGGACUGGGGGUGGCCGACCGACACUGCGGCGUCAGCCUGGGAGCGGAUGCCGGCGGUGGGAGACGGGGAUGUGACGGCGGUGGUGGAUGAGGGGGCGGAGGUGGUGGAUGAGAGAGCGGAGUCGGAGUUGGUUGUAGGGGAGGGUAAAAGUGGGGAGAUAGUGAAGAUGAUACAGGAGGAAGGGGUUCAGGAGGGGGAGGCGGGGAGGGUUGAGGAGGGGGAAAGGGCUCGGGUAGAGGAGUUGGUGCGGCAGGAAGAGUCCUUGCUGGAGGAGGAGGAGUCUUUGCAGGAGGAGGACAAGCUGGAGGAGUUGAGGCGGGAGGAGAAAAGACGGCAGGAGGAAAGGCGGGGAGAGGAAAGACGGGAGGAGGAAAGGUGGGAGGGGGUCAGGCGAGAGACCGAGUCAUUGCGGGAGAAGUUGAGUCGGGAGGAGGAAAGGGUUCUGAAGAAGGCGGGGACUCGGAGAGAGGAGUCAACGCCGGUGCGGGAGAGGAUUCGGGAGCAAGAGGAGGCCGGGGGUUGGUUUGAUGAACUUGGGCGGCCUUUUAGUGAGACGUUAGUGGGGGAUGCCGGUGAGGUAGACCAGCAGGGCUGA